AUGGACGACUCCACGAACAAACAACCCUCUUCCAACCCCCAAAAACCUCCCUCUCUCCACUCCGUCGCCUCCUCAACCACCCUCGCCGUCAAAGCCGACCCCGAAGCCCAGUCCACCACCCAACAAGAGACAGAGUUCAUCCCCGAGCGGUACACCUAUCUCAAGAGAGUCGGGCCGGGCAACCCCGACGCCAAGCCAAAGGAGAAAUCCAAGUUGGGCAAGCUCAUGUCCAAGUUCCAGAGCCCUGCCGUCAGAAAGACCCUCGCGGCGCGCGAGCGGGAGAAGCUGGAGGAGGAGCGCACCGGCCUUAAGAAGCAUACGGCGUUUGGUGGGCCGAUGUCGACAAACGCCGCUACGGCUGCUUUCAUGUAA